ACAUCACUAUUGCGACGCCAUUUUCGCUUCUAUGAAGUAUUGUUUCUCGACGGUGUCGUUUUUAAUUUCUGGUAAAAACAAAUUCAAAUAAAGUUUUACAAUUAAAAUAACGUAGUUAUUUGGAACUUGAUAAAUCAAGCUUUGUGGAAAACUAAGUUUUCAAAAAGUGUCUAAUACACUCACAGUGAUAUCGUCUGCGCGGGAAAUGUUUCUACGUUUCUUUUAAUCCUAUACAAAUGCCUGUAGAAAAACAUUUGGUAUAUUUGUCUUUAUAUUAGGUUAUUUUUACAAUGAUUUCAUUUAAAGGUCGAGAAAGUAAAAGAGGGCGUACUUACAAAAUGUCCAAAAAUUUAGAACGUUUAUAUAAAGAAGGAAAAUGUCGAGAAUGUAGAGUUCUUGUUACUCGAAUGGACUUCGCUAAAAUUCUCGGUAAAUUUACCAAAGUAAAAAUACAGUAUGAAAGUAGUUCGUCAUCCAAGCCGAAAAAGAAUGUUGACUCUUUUUCGGUAAAUGCAAAUUCUAGGUCAAAGUGCAGUGAGAAUGGAAUUACACCGAAGAAUAGCUACAAAAAGCAGCCACCAAAAGCAUUGCGGACCCCAAAAAAUUCAAAGGUAAAUGAAGUUAACGUUGAUCCAGAUUCAGUAAUUCCAGAAUGUGAUGAAUCUAAAAAGACUCAUCCUCCAAAUAACAUACUAAAAGAAAAUAAUGGAUUGACAAAACAGUUAGUUAGUGAUAAAAGCUACAACUAUGUUAAAAAAGUGAGUUCUGGCUUAAAACAAUAUGGUAUUAUGUUUACUUCCCCAACAGUAAACAACAACAACACUAAUGAAUUGAAAAACAAAUUAUCUUUGCUUGAUUUAUUACCUAACCUAAAUAAAAGUAUAUUGCCAUCAGAAGAUUGGAACAUGGACUAUUUUCCAAAAAAUGAAGAACCCAAAGAUGAUAAAGUAUAUGAUCGCAUAGCUGCAGAAUUAGAAGACUUAAUGUAUAAUGAAAAGCCAAUAGAAAAGUUAAAAUCAGAAGAGUCUGAAGUGAAGGUUGAAGAAUUUCCUUCUAUAAUGGAUAUACUAAAUGACAAUAUUACAGAAAAAAACCCAGAAACUAUUCAAAAGGAAAUUGAACCAAGUAGUUCUGAACCUUUUAAAGACAACAUUCAAUCAAAUGAUGUUGAAGCGAUGCUUUUAGGAAAGCCAAAUGUUGAAAAAGACCCGGAACCAAUUGCAAUGGAUGUUGACAGCACUGACGUCAGCAAACUAAUAGAAGAUAUGGAUCAAUUUAACAAUAUCACUGACAGUAGUAAGGAUAAAGAUGAAAGCUCGGUAAAAACUGAAGAAAGACCAUUCACUGAAGUAUCCGAUACCUUUAUAAAUCCAAACAGUCCCUCAAUACUUGAUGAGGCAUUAAAAAAGGGUAUUGAAGAACAUUUACCCAAUGAAAAUCAGCAGACAGAUGCUUCUUCUGAAGUUAGUAAUCUAGUGGAAAAUGAUAAUAAGGAAGACAAUAAAAGCAUUCCUCCUAAUGACUUAAAAUUGACUCAACUUGAUGUGAAUUUAGAAGAAAAUGUAUCUGAUACAAAAACUAAUGAACAAAACGCAACCAUUUCUAUUCCUGAUAGCACAAAUAUAACACAUGUUGUAUUUAAAAAAAUGUUAGGCAACAAAUGUUUGAAAUCUGUAACAUGUCCGAAAAAUUUAAAAUAUAACAUUGAGCUAGAGGAAAAACCUGUUGAGUUUAUUGGAGCACCUAAAUACAUUUCAAGUUUAGAAGACUUACAAGUGUUACUACAAAUUGUGAAUGAAAGUGAACUAGGAAGCUUGUAUGUCUUAUCACUGAAUUCUUUAUAAACAGAUCAAAUACUUAGACAUUUACUGUAUUUAUGUGCAUUGAUAAUAGGGUAUUGUUAACAUUUUGUUUAAAUGUUGAAUUUAAUUAAUUGACGGUAAAAAAGUUAAGAUUUAAUGUAUAAAUAAAUUAAGAGAAAAUUGCUUCGCAAUA